AACAUACUGACUUAAUAACAAAUCUCUACGUGUAUUUUUUUGUUCUGUAAAAGCUCUUGUUUAAGUAUUACUGAUAUCUGUAAAAUUGUCAUAUGACGGUUGGAACCGUAUAUUAUAUUCUCACUUCGUCUUCCUAAACUCGUGGCGAUGGCUUCAACAAACGGCAGUACGGAGAUAUCUCAGGCUGAUAAGAAUGUAGAAAUGUGGCGGAUCAAAAAGUUGAUCAAAAGUUUGGAGUCUGCUAGAGGUAAUGGGACGAGUAUGAUUUCGCUCAUCAUUCCUCCAAAGGAUCAGAUUACUAGGAUAGCGAAAUUGUUAGCCGAGGAGUAUGGGACAGCAUCUAAUAUUAAAAGCCGUGUGAAUCGCUUAUCCGUCCUGAGUGCGAUAACCUCUGUACAACAACGUCUGAAGUUAUACACUAGAGUUCCUACCAAUGGCCUUGUUGUAUAUUGUGGGACAAUAGUCACUGAGGAUGGUAAAGAGAAAAAGGUCAACAUCGAUUUCGAACCAUUUAGACCAGUAAACACGUCUUUAUAUCUUUGCGACAACAAGUUCCAUACAGAGGCCUUAGUAGCGCUGCUAGCAGAUGACAGCAAGUUCGGAUUUAUUGUCGUUGAUGGUAAUGGGGCUUUAUUUGGGACAUUAUCGGGAAACACUCGCGAGGUUCUGCACAAAUUUACGGUAGAAUUGCCGAAAAAACAUGGUCGCGGAGGUCAAUCUGCACUUCGUUUCGCACGUUUGCGGAUGGAAAAGCGGCACAACUAUAUUCGUAAAGUAGCCGAGACAGCAACGCAACUUUUUAUUACAAACGAUCGACCGAAUAUCGAAGGUCUUAUCCUUGCGGGGAUUGCUGACUUCAAGAGUGACUUAGGACAAUCUGAUAUGUUUGAUCAAAGGCUUCAAGCAAAGUUGAUUAAAAUAGUAGAUAUAUCAUAUGGUGGUGAAACAGGAUUUAACCAAGCUAUCGAACUGGCCACAGAUACACUUUCUGGCGUAAAGUUCAUUCAGGAAAAAAAACUGAUUCAAAGAUACUUUGACGAGAUAUCUCAAGAUAGUGGAAAGUACUGUUUUGGUGUUGAGGACACCUUGAAGUCCCUAGAGAUGGGUGCUGUGGAGACCCUCGUGGUGUGGGAGAACCUUAGUGUGAACCGCUAUGUCCUCAAAGUCCCGAAUUCUGAAGGAAAUAGAGUUAUACACUUGCGUCCUGACCAGGAAACGGACCGACGACAUUUCAUUGACCCGGCGACAGGAUCUGAUUUGGAAAUUCUAGAUACUCAGCUUCUUUUAGACUGGCUCGCCCUGAACUACAGAUCUUUUGGGACGACUUUAGAAAUUGUCACUGACAAGUCUCAGGAAGGUGCUCAGUUUGUUCGCGGCUUUGGUGGGAUAGGUGGUAUUCUACGCUACCAACUCGAUUUUAAUCAUUUGGCGGGUGGAGAUGUUGAUUUUGAGGAUGACUUCAAUCUUGAUGAUUACUGACAAACCAGUCCAACCUGCGGUUGGCGCAGGUUUCCGUACGGCCGUUCUCCAUGGUUUGAACACAGGUUUCUAAGGAUUAUUCCCAAGGAUGAUUUUUGCAGAAUUGAAAAACUGGCUUUUGAAGAGUUCAAUUUAAUUUCGGUUGUGAUACUAAAUAAUUUUCUUAGUUGUUGAAUGUAGUUUUUAAUGUCCUUGUGCUUAGUUUCAAUAUGGGAGUCGACUUUCAAUUCUGCAAGAUGGCUGUAAGCACUGGUUAGAAUCGUUCGACUUCACAUGAGCACCUAAAAAUGUUAGUUAAGUAAUAUAAAACCGCCAAGAUUCACCACUGCACUGCCUCAAAUAACAUAUCUACUUCAUAUGGGAAUGCAUCUUAUACUACCUCAAGAUUUACGCCCCCUAAGUUAGCUUUAUGAUGCAUUGUCGUGAUUUAUGGAACUAGUUUUCUUAAACUUAUUUGUGCGUUUACACUGCUGGCUUUUAUAUCAACACUACCAAGCGAUGUAUCGUUCUAUUAAGCUUUGCCUGAAUUUAAGUUGUUUUCUCUCGACGCUGACUGCGAGAGUACGUUUUGACCUUCUGUCGAAAUCAAAUUAAUCCGACCUCAUGACGAAAUAUCAUCUGCUUUCGCAACCUCAAGUAGUGUCCUACAAGGUUGUCCACUAUCUCCGUUCCUAUUCGUUUUCAUCAUAGACAUACUGCUGAAAAUAACGUUCUCGUCGACUGAAUUUUCGGGCAUUGAUCUCCAUCCAGGAGGU